CCACUCCAUCCGCAACUCCGGCUGUCCGUCUGCAAGUCGCACUCUGCCGCUGCGCCGUCCUCCCGUCCAUCCGUAUCAGUGCGCCAGCUCUGCAGCCAUGUCGUUGCCGCAGGCCAUCCUGCUCUUCCCGCAGCGCAUCAAUGCGCGCCUGCCGGCCGCCGUGCGCGACUCGCCGCCGACGUCGCUCUUCUCCUUCCUCAGCUUCCUGGCGCUUCUCUACUCGGCGCUAGCUCGGCAGUUCCCCUCGUACAACCUCCCGCUCGUGCUCUUCGGGCUGCACGUCGUCACAUCGGCGCCCGAGCAUCUGCGCGUGCUGCAGAGCCUGCUGCUCGGCAGCUUGCUCGGCGACGUCUCGCGCAUGCUCUUCCGCCCGCACUUCGGCGCCACGUUUACGACGGGCUCGUUCGCUACGGCCAAGCUCAUCGCGAGCGCUGGUGUGGCCAGGGCGUUGGCGGGCGAGAUUGAAGGAUGGCGCGCUGGCGGCGCUGCUGAGGUCGGCAACGCUGGCGCGCCCUACAUGCCCGGCUCCUUCAACGCCCAGCCAGGCGUCAGCCCAGGCGGACGUGUCUCUUACACCAACUCGCGCACGUCGACGGACCACCUGUACGACGUCGACGCCGAUGCGCCCGACGUUCAGCUGCCUGCUCCCCGGCCCGCUGCACCGCAGGGCCAGGCGCAGGCGCAGCGCCAGGCGCAGGCUCACGAGGAGGACAUGCCGCCGCGCAUGCCGGCUGCCAAGGCGCAGCCGAGCCAGCCGCUCGUGUGAUCAAUGAACAAGUGCAACAGG